UGAUGGAACUCACAGCUCUAUUGCAUAUCUACAUGUACCAUUCAUAAGAAGAGCAAUUCUAUACUAUAAUUGUAAGGAACAAUAAACAUGAAUGUAUUAAGGGCUUUAAAAAAUAACUGGAAAAAAACUGUAUUUGCUCUGGUGAUUUCUGGCUAUGCUGUAAAUCAGUUUAAAACGAGAAUUCAAAUAUUUCAGUAUAUGACGCUUCUGUCCAAUGAAUUACAAAAUUCUAGUUCUGUUUCUACAAAUUCUUCAAAAAGAGUUUUGGUGGUUUUGAACCCAAUAGCAAAUAAAAGGAAAAGUGAAAAAAAUCCCAUAAAUAAGAACUUCAUUCACCGUAGCUUGCAUAUAGUACCACGGAUACUCUUUGAUGAGAUCCUUGGCAGUAUCGAGGGCAUAUGCGUCAAAUUUGUCGGCAUUAAUUUUAUACCCCGAUGAUAGAGCUUGAAGUGUAGUGGCACAAUUAUAGAUGAGAUUCUCAUUUAUUCCUGUUAUUUCGGAAGCCAACCUUGGAUUGGAAAAAAAUGUUCUUGCUGUAUUUCCGUCGAUCGAUGAGCCCCUACCUCCAUCUCUGGGCUUGUCUACAAUUAAACCCAGUUUUUCACGUGUUCACGCCACCGGGUGAACAGCAGAGAGUGAGGGGUAGGGUUUUUUCCAAAACCGAAUUCGAUCAUACUGAGGAGGGUGAUGAAGGGUAGAGGGUGCUCAGUAAGAGCAUCUAACCCGAACACCCGUUCUUUCAUUGCUUUCGAUAAUAUACCUGUU